CUUCAGGGAGAAAGCCAAGAUUCCGUCUGCUGUUUUACGCAGAAACAGUUUCUCUCAAAAUACGUUUUGUCACUGCCACCGCGAAUUGCAACAUUGAAAUUUGAAGCAUUUCUCGAUCCUUUCGUUUCCGUGUUCUUCAUUUUUUGAACAAACCAUUAAUCCUCUACUCGGUGAUUUCAUGUUACUGUUGCCAAAACGAUGAUCUUUUCGAGGAUCGGAGCUUCUCUAUCUCGCUCUGCACGUUCCAAACUACAAUCUAAUGGGCAUUUUGGUUUCUGCAACGGGAGGAUUCUGUCGGUAAGGGAAUCUUGUUUAGAGGCUAACCCUUUAAGUAAUCCAUGCAUUUCUCGCGUUCAUGGUUGCUUAGGGCUUGCCAAGGCUUAUUCAUCGUCAACUGGGGUUGCAGCUGGUAAGCAGCUCGUUUCUAGAAAGUACUUGGAGAAUGUCAAUUAUUUUCUGGCUAACCCUAGGGUUCGACGUCUGUUUUCCAGCGGAUCGCCGAAGAAAAAAAACUAUGAGAAUUACUACCCUAAGGAUCAGAAGGAGAUUCCAAAAGCAAAAGAUCAGAAGACAAAUUCUAAAGAAGACUCUAAUACUGGUCAUACAGAUAUACAAGAGAAAUUUACUAAGCAAUUUCAGGAUUUGAUGAUUUUAUUUUUCGGCUGCAUUUUAGCAUCAUUUCUUUUUGACGGUUCUAAUGAACAGAAGCAGAUUAGUUUCCAAGAGUUUAGAAAGGAACUUCUUGAACCUGGUUUAGUUGAUCGAAUUGAAAUUGCUAACAGAUCUGUUGCAAAAGUGUAUGUAAGGAGCACUCCACGUAAGACAGUGCAAAAAGAAGAUAAUGUUCCUCAGGUUCAUGAUUAUGGAAAGCCCGCUAAGGGUAAUGUAAGUCGAUAUAAAUACUCGUUCAACGUUGGAAGUGUUGAAUUGUUCGAGGAGAAGUUGGAGGAGGCCCAAAAGUCUUUGGGGAUCGAUCCUCAUGAUUUUGUUCCAGUGGUUUAUGUCAACCAAGUUAAUUGGUUCCAGGAAUUGUUGAGGUUUGCACCCACAGCUUUGCUUUUGGGAACCCUUUAUUUCAUGGGGAGAAGGAUGCAGAGUGGAUUAGGCGUUGGUGGUCCAGGUGGAAGAGGUGGGCGUGGGAUAUUCAACAUAGGAAAGGCACAGAUAACUAAAAUGGAUAAGAAUGCUAAAAAUAAGGUUUAUUUUAAAGAUGUAGCUGGUUGCGACGAGGCAAAGCAAGAAAUUAUGGAGUUUGUGCACUUUCUUAAGAAUCCAAAGAAAUACGAGGAGUUAGGAGCAAAAAUUCCCAAAGGUGCUCUACUUGUUGGCCCCCCUGGUACUGGGAAAACACUUCUAGCAAAAGCAACUGCAGGUGAAUCUGAUGUGCCUUUCCUGUCCAUCUCUGGAUCGGAUUUUAUGGAAAUGUUUGUGGGGGUUGGGCCAUCAAGGGUUAGAAACCUAUUUCAAGAAGCUCGACAACGUGCUCCAAGUAUCGUAUUUAUUGAUGAGAUAGAUGCGAUUGGACGAGCAAGGGGCCGGGGAGGCUUUGGUGGAGGGAAUGAUGAGCGUGAGAGUACUCUUAAUCAGUUGCUGGUAGAGAUGGAUGGGUUUGGAACUACUUCUGGGGUUGUUGUACUUGCUGGUACGAACAGGCCUGAUAUUUUGGACAAAGCUCUGUUGAGACCUGGUCGGUUUGAUCGGCAGAUAACAAUUGAUAAACCUGACAUUAAAGGACGCCACCAAAUUUUUCUAAUUUAUCUGAAGAAAUUAAAGCUUGAUCAUGAGCCAUCAUACUAUUCACAAAGGCUUGCUGCUCUGACUCCUGGAUUUGCUGGAGCAGACAUCGCUAAUGUUUGCAACGAAGCUGCUUUAAUUGCUGCCAGAAAUGAAAGUAGAGUGAUCGCUAUGGAACAUUUUGAGGGAGCUAUAGACAGAGUUAUAGGCGGUCUGGAGAAAAAGAAUAAGGUGAUAAGCAAGCUCGAACGAAGGACUGUUGCAUACCAUGAAUCUGGUCAUGCUGUUGCUGGUUGGUUUUUGGAACAUGCAGAGCCCCUGCUUAAAGUAACAAUUGUCCCUCGUGGUACUGCCGCUCUUGGGUUUGCUCAAUAUGUUCCCAAUGAGAAUCUUCUUAUGACAAAGGAACAACUCUUUGACGUGACAUGCAUGACUCUUGGUGGUCGAGCUGCUGAGCAGGUUCUGUUGGGGAAAAUAUCAACUGGAGCUCAGAAUGAUCUGGAGAAAGUGACCAAGAUGACUUACGCUCAAGUGGCUGUUUAUGGUUUCAGUGAAAAGGUAGGUCUUCUUUCUUUCCCCCAAAGGGACGAGAUGUUUGAGAUGUCCAAGCCCUACAGCAGCAAGACUGGUGCAAUUAUAGACAGUGAAGUUAGAGAGUGGGUGACUAAGGCUUAUCAACGCACAGUUCAGUUGAUAGAGGAGCACAAAGAGCAUGUAGCUCAAAUUGCCGAGCUAUUGCUUGAAAAGGAGGUUUUACAUCAAGAUGACUUGGUCCGCGUAUUGGGGGAGCGGCCAUUUAAGACGCUUGAGCCCACAAAUUAUGAUAGAUUCAAGGAAGGUUUCAAAGAUGAAGUUGAUGGAGCUAAAGAGAAAACAGAACGUGGAAAUGCAGGGAACAGUUCAUCACCACCCCUGGAACCAGAUAUAGUACCUACAUUAUGACAAGAGAAUGUGUUGCCAUGGUAGGAUUUGGUUCCUAAUCCAAGCAUCUGUGAUCCCAUCACCUCAAAGAUUUUUCUUCUUUUCUUUUUAUCAAUUCGUACAUACAGAGAAAAAGAGAAAAAAACAAAAAAAUGUUCUUGAACCUGAGGAGUCUCACAACUGAGGAGGUAAAUCUUGAGGUCUCAUCUUUGAUUAGAAGUGUAUUGUUUUUCUGUAGGUUGCUUUUGUUGAAAUUGUGAAGCUACUAUAAAUGCCUAUAAGUAUCAUCUCCGUGAGGCAAAUUUGUAUAUGAAUAACGCCACUGAUAGAAGACUCAUAAUAUUUCUACUUUAUUGAUA